GGACGAGGCUCCUGACUUCAAUUUUUGUUGAAGCAAACUUCGUAAGGACCAUUGUGGCCACAACAUCUCCCUUCAACGCGCUUUGCAUCUCUUGGAGCUCGGAGUAAGCUGCAGAUCUCGUCACAAUGAACACACUGUUCAACACAGCUCUUAAGCAAUCCACAGCCCUCAAACGAGACCUCUCAUCGAAUCUUCCAGGCCAACCACUCUCACCCUCUCUUCUCGGCCAAAUCUCCGUCUCCCUUACCUCCUUCGCCAGAACACUUGACGCCUAUGCCGACCUUGAGAAAACCGAGCUGAACCCCGCAAAAAAAGAGAAGGCGAGAGAGAGAAUCACCUCAUUUCGCGCCGAACUACAAUCCUUCCGCGAAGAGCUAAAAGAGCUCAAACUCCAGAACGAGGAAGUACAGUCGAGUGUGAACAGACAAGAGUUAUUAGGAAGAAGGCCGCAUAAUACUGCAACACCUGAUAAUCCGUACGCAAAUGCGGAGAUCAAAGCGAGUCCCAGUGUCUGGGCGCCAAAGGACGGGUCGCUGAGUAUGGGGUCUGGGGACUACACGAGGGAGACACAUGCGUUGAGAGAGCAGAACUUCUUUGCGAAUACACAUACGGCGCUUGAUGAAUACCUGGCUAGAGGACAGGCUGUGCUAGGAGAUCUGGGUCAACAGAGGGAGAUUCUGAAGGGGACGCAAAAGAGACUGUAUAGUGUGGCGAAUACGCUGGGUGUGAGUGGUGAUACGAUACGCAUGAUCGAGCGGCGGGCGAAGCAGGAUAAGUGGAUAUUCUGGGCCGGAGUGCUGAUAUUCUUUGGCUUUUGCUGGCUUGUGUUACAUUACCUGAGAUGAACCGAUGGAUCACGAAGGAUUUGGAAUGGGACAGGGAGACUGUACGAAUUUCUUGCUUAUAGCGCGGAGUCUGGCGCAAUUGGAAACGAACAGUUGUCCUAGUUCUUAUUA